GUGAUAUUUGAGUCACCUACCGUACAGACAAAUCAGACUUCAACAUGACGGACGCAGAACAACAAUACCAGCUCUCCCAAGAGCAAAUCGACUUCUUUCUCGACAAUGGCUGGCUCAAGUUGAGCAACUGUUUCACUCGAGGGCAAGCAGCCGGGCUGCAGUCUACACUAUGGACAAGGCUCGGAAUGGAUCCGAAUGACAUGUCGACAUGGCACACUGAACGUACGAACAUGCCGCACUGGAAAGAGUUCCAAGUCGCACACUUCGCCCCACGCGCUUGGGGCGGGAUCUGCAGCCUGCUGGGCGGUUCGCACAAAAUCGACGUCGAAUCGAAAGUGUCACUGUGGAAAGACUCAUUCAUCGUGAACCUCGGGACCCCAGAGAAGCACAACAAGCUCGUCAAACCCCAAGAACUCGACAACUGGCACGUCGACGGCGAUUUUUUCGUGCACUAUCUCGACUCGCCCGAGCAAGCCCUGCUCGUCAUACCCUUGUGGACAGAUAUCGUUCCUGGGGGCGGCGGCACAAUGAUUUGUCCUGCUGCUAUUCCGCAUGUUGCCAAGCAUUUGUAUGAGAAUCCGGAGGGCGUGAGUCCGCGCAUGACGCCGCGGAGGGAGAAUCCAGAGUUCAAGCAAGAGCUGGGACUGAAGUGGUAUAUUGAUCUUGCAAAGACGAUGCCGGAUGAGGCGUUUGUGGAAGUUACCGGUGUGGUGGGCGACGUAUUUUUGUUGCAUCCGUUGAUGUUGCAUUCGGCGAGCAAUAAUAUGUUGAGGAAGGUGCGCGUGAUCACGAAUCCGCCGGUGAGCGUGAAGGAUCCAUUUGUGUUUGACAGUGAGGAUGGGAAUUAUAGCGCGGUUGAGCGCAAGACGCUGCGGGCAUUGGGGAGGGAUAGGCUGGAAGGGUGGAAGAUUGCAGCUGAGAGGCAAAGGAUUGUGCCCGAGCGGGUUAAGAUUCAGGAGAGAAUGAGGAGGGAAGAGGAGGAGAGACUGCGGAAGCUGCAGGAGAGUAAGGAGAGUAUGGAAGGUGCUAAGCAAGUGCCUACUGCCGCAUAGUUUGUAGCGACAAUAACAACAAUGGCUUUCUGAAGGCGCGCAUUGAGAUUCAAGUCAUCAGCACUCCCAUGUGCAUUUGUGCCCU